AGAAUAUCGCACGAUCAGUCAGCGUGAUUCGCGCGUACAUACAUCGGUCAAUCUCUCCGCACGAGAGAUCCUAAAUAUAGAGUGACACAUUAAUUUGUUGAAUGGAAAGAUAGGUGCGUUCAUACUCGAGGGGAACCGAGUGUCAUUGUGGGGUGGAUCGUGACGGGGUACGGCAGAAAUCUCUGCAUCCGCGCGGGCCCUUCCUUGAAUUCGCGCUCGGCUAAACAUUCGACUGACGUUAUUCAAAAGGGGUGAUUUCGCUCUCCUUCAGAAAUUUUACAUCCCCCGUGUCGAAGAUCCCGGAAGUGAUCCUUGCAUUGAAAGGAUCACGAAAGAAUAUUGGGCUUCAAGGAUGCCGAGGAUACAGACAUAAAGAUCAGUGCAAGAAGGAUACCGAGAAGAGGAAAUAGGAUAUUUACAAGAAAAACGCAUAUUGGAUCACUCAAUAACUACGACAUACAAUACAAGACGGAUGAUAUGUAAUAUGCACAGGGCAUCGUGAGUUAAAUAUUAAAAUAGGACAAGGUUGUGACGACGAGAAUGUAUUCGGUGAAUACUAUGAUUCCCGGAAGUGGCUCGUUAUUCAUCGUUCGUCAUCAUCAAGACCCUUGUCUACUAUAUGUAAUACCUUGUAUGCGCUCAUAUAUGUGCGAUGACGACGAUGAUCACGAUGAAUAUUACGAGAGAGAUCCCUCGAUCGGUUAGGAGGAUGAGGUAAAUCCUUCAAUCCCGAUCUCGUUCCGCGAUUUCGUCGCAAUAAAUAAUGCCUUCGAGAGGAUCGACCGGUCGUCCCAAGGUAGACAGAUCCACCAGUCCUCUAUCGCGGAAAUCGGCGACGAGUUCCGCAAAUCCAGUGCAGGAGUUGAAGGCUCUUUUCGCCGAACCUACCAGCAACGAAUUGCCAGUUCUCCCUAAUGGCGAAAAGGAGCCGGACUUCCGAUUUGAGGCCAUACAAUGUCUGCGGCAAUCCUCCAUCAUCAAGAAAGACAUCAUCCACGAUCUACCGGAACGAGGAAACUGGAGCAGCAAGAUCGAAUUUAUUUUAUCCGUCGUGGGAUUAGCGAUAGGUUUAGGAAAUCUGUGGCGAUUUCCCUACCUCUGCUACAAGAAUGGCGGCGGUGCUUUCAUGGUGCCCUACUUCAUCGCGCUCGCAUUGGCCGGUAUACCCAUGUUCCUAAUGGAAUUGUCCUUGGGACAAAUGUUGACGAUAGGUGGUUUAGGUGUCUUUAAGAUAGCACCAAUUUUUAAAGGCAUUGGAUAUGCGACUUGCGUGCUCUCCUGCUGGACCAAUGUGUAUUAUAUCAUCAUUCUUGCUUGGGCACUCUUCUACUUCUUAGUCUCUUUACGAGCCGACGUACCCUGGAGAACGUGCGACAAUUCAUGGAACACGCGCUACUGCAUCACACCAGAUGAACGUUUGAAUGUUUCAUGCUGGCAGGAUUACUGGCCGAAUGAUUUCAUAUGCGCUACGUCUCUCGGGAAUUUGAGCCAUGAACUGCUGAAAGACCCAGUCAAGGAAUUUUGGGAGAGACGGACCCUGCAGAUUUCAACUGGCAUCGAAGCCGUGGGUGGUAUAAGAUGGGAACUAGCUGGUACGCUCGCAGUCGUAUGGAUCAUGUGCUACUUUUGCAUCUGGAAAGGCGUCAAAUGGACUGGCAAGGUCGUCUAUUUCACGGCUCUUUUUCCGUACGCCUUACUAGCAGUGCUGCUCAUAAGAGGUCUGACACUUCCCGGUGCUUCGGAAGGUUUGAAAUAUUAUGCUACACCAAAUCUCUCAAAACUCGGUGAUCCCGAGGUAUGGAUAGACGCGGUAACGCAAAUAUUCUUCACUUACGCUCUCGGUUUAGGUGCAUUGGUAGCUCUAGGCAGUUACAACAAGUUCAACAAUAACGUUUACAAAGACGCUCUCAUUGUAUGCGGAGUGAAUACUUGUACCAGUCUGCUUAGUGGAGUAGUUAUAUUCUCUGUAGUCGGUUUUAUGGCUCAUGAACAACAGAAACCUGUAGCCGAUGUAGCUGCUUCUGGACCUGGUCUGGCAUUCUUAGUUUAUCCCUCAGCGGUAUUACAAUUACCGGGAGCGUCAAUUUGGUCGAGUCUAUUUUUCUUCAUGCUUCUUCUGAUAGGCUUAGACAGUCAGUUCUGCACCAUGGAAGGUUUUAUCACCGCCGCCGUGGACGAGUGGCCGCGACUUCUCAGAAAACGAAAAGAAAUGUUUAUCGCUAUCGUAUGCCUGAUCUCCUAUUUAAUUGGGCUUUUGUGCAUUACGGAAGGCGGAAUGUAUGUGUUUCAACUCUUGGAUACAUACGCCGUGAGUGGAUUUUGCCUGUUAUUCCUGAUGUUUUUUGAAUGCAUUUCCGUAUCAUGGGCAUUCGGAGUAGAUCGAUUUUACGAUGGCAUAAGAGACAUGAUAGGCUAUUAUCCCUGCUUCUGGUGGAAGAUAUGCUGGACAUUUACUACGCCUGCUAUUUGUGUGGGCGUUUUCAUCUUUAAUAUCAUUAAGUUUGUUCCUGUGAAAUAUCUUACGUACGAAUUUCCAUGGUGGAGCCAUUUGUUGGGAUGGCUCGCAGGUCUCUCCUCGAUGUUGUGCAUUCCAGGCUACAUGAUUUACAUCUGGAAUGUUACAUCCGGAACUACCUCAGAAAAAUAUCGAAAAUUGAUAAAAAUAGAAGACGAUAUUGCUGCCUUACGAAAGAAACUCAAUCCAGUCAAAGCCGCUGCCAUCGAUGCAGAAUUCGAGUUAUAAAAUCAUAUUGUGCCUUCUUCAAUAAAUACAUAUAUGAUGGACUAUAAAACAUUAAUAAGAAAGAUUUAAACGCAACGGAAACGAUUCAAUAAUAAAUUCAGGUUUUAUUAUGAUAGUAUUAAAAUAAGAUCAUGUAUUUCAUUGACACUAUAAGCACGAUAUCACAUCGAGCGAUGUUUAUUAAUUAAUAUAUCAUAUACUCAUCAUUUGUUUCCAA